UGUGUGGGGUGUAUGGACAUGUGCGCGCAGCUUUGUGUCCUGUACGCAUUCCCAGAAGUCAGAGGAGCACACUGAGUGUCUGUUCACUCUCCACCUAUUCCCUGGAGACCGUCUCUCAAUGAACCUGGAGCGAGGCUGACGGCCAACACACCCAAUGAUUCCCCUGCCCCUGCCCCCGCCCCAGUGCUGAUUAUAGAGGCCCACAGCCGCGCUGGCUUUUUAUAUGGGUUCUAGGAAUUUGGAAUUGAGGUCCUUAUUCAAGUGCUCUCCCAGCCCCCUUACUAAUGAUGUUAUUAUUAUUAUUAUUUUAAAUCACAUCACACAUACGAGUCAGCAUGGAAAAGAUCUACAGGGGCCCAAUUAUUUCUGGCUUAAAAAAAAAAAAGUUCAUGCAUCAAAAUACAAUUGAAUGAAGUAUCCAUCUGUCCCUUAGAAGUCUGACUACUCAAGAGCUGCACCGGGGCCUCUGAGUGGCAGAGUCAACCCUAACCUCUCCGUCCAUCCACACAAACUUUCAGGUGGCUUGAAGGUGUGUCGUGUGUCACGUCCUCACUCCUGUGUUUGAGGAAGGGAUGGCUGGGGGUGCUGAGUUUUUCCCUUGUUUUCCUGAGUUGGUGUGGUUUAGCUUCUGUCCUGCCCUCUUCUUCUCCCUCCUGAGAGCCCACCUAGCUGAGGAGCAGUUGGUGGCUGCCAGGGGAGGGAGGGUGUUUAGUAUGCUACGAAGUCCAUUUUAUAAUCGAUUGCAACUACUUCAUUAAAAAUUCCCAGCUAGGGGCUGGGGAGAUGGCUGUCAGUAAAGGGCUGGCCCAUGGAGGCAUAGGACCCGAGUUCAGAUCCCCAGCACAUGCGUGAAAAGUCAGGUGCGGUAGCUUAAACUUACAAUUCCCAGUACUGGGGCAGCAGAAACAGAAGGAGCCCUGGGGCUCACUGGCUGGCCAGUCUAGCCUAACUUGUGAGCUCCAGGCCAAGGAAAGACCUUGUCUCAAGGGUGGUGGAUGACAUGCCUGAGGAUAACACCCGGGUUGUUCACCACACUCUGCACACAUGCACAUAAAUGCAUACAAAGUUCUCUGGCCUCUACAUACCUGCGUGUGCGUGCAUGUGUGUGUGCACGUGAACGCACGUGUGAGCGUGUGUAUGAGAGUGUGUGUGUAUUUCAACACACCUUUACCAAAUAGCUAAGACAUAGCUCAACGGUGUUCGGAAAGAGGACAGUCAUCUUAGAAAUGGCUGCCCUCAUGGCAGGCUCCCGAAGCGGCAGAGGUCAGCUGUGUACACACAGAAACCCACCUCCAGGUGGAGAUGGGCUCUUAUCUCCUCCCUUACAGGUUAAUCCAGUGGGGAAGGUCAAGUGACCUGGCAAGGGGACCACCCCUGGGAAGUUGGGUUUGCUUUAAGAUAAUGUACUUUUUCAUCCUGGAAUUCACCCCUUAGUGCAGUCCCUGUGAGUCAGUAUGGGGUUUAGCUGUGUCUGUUUACCUGCUUCAAGUCCUGACUCAGAAAGCCACAAUUAUCCCUGGGAGCACUGGCCAGAGCCUCAGCAUGUUUUUAAACUCUAAUGGAUGUUUUGGGUUUUCUUGCUCGAUCUUCGUUCGUUCGUUCAUUCGUUCCUUCCUUCCUUCCUCCCUCCCUCCUUCCCUCCCUUCCUUCCUUCCUAACCACUGAGCCAUCUUGCCUGCCCUCCCUGUUCCUUUUCAAAGCUCACUGACCUAUCACAUUGCUACCUGCCACUGAGUCGCUAUCCUCCUGCCACCGAGUGGCCAUCGUCCCUGCCUGCCUGUUCCUCUCCACUCUCCCUCCUUGCAGAUGUGAGAUUCACAGCUUGCCUGCCCUGGCCUUUCCCUUCAACUCUAACAAAUUGUCCUCAAGCUCCAUUUCAGCCCACUCUCUGCUUCUGUCUGGUUUAUCAAGACAGGGUAGUCUUCCUUAUCUGUGUAGUCCUGGUUGUCCUGGAGCUCUCUCUGUAGACCAGGCUGGCUUUGAACUUUGAACUCAGAGAUCCUCCUGCCUCUGCCUCCUGAGUGCUGGGAUUAAAUGUGUGCACCCCCCACUGCCUGGGACAUGCAUCAUUCUUUUUUGUGGCACCAAACGUGUCCUUUAUGAGCAGUACCCACAGCAGGAGUAGUGGGGUUCUCAGCCUCCUCCCGGCGGGGUUGGGCAGGCCAGGUGCAGGAUAAACACUGUCUGUGAGCUAACAUGUUUGCUCCUCACACCAGCCUAAGAGUUAGGUGCAAUUACUGUAUAUACCUCAUUUCAGUGCUGAGGAAAAGAGCCUAAUAAAUAGAAGGGGAUCUAAACACAAGAGUAGUCUGCUUGAGAUGAGACAGAUGACAGGAAAAAAUAGGACUUGUAUGUGCAUGUGUGGGUGCUCGUGUGUGUGGGUACUCAUGUGUGUGUGUGGGUACUCGUGUGUGUGUGGGUGCUCGUGUGUGUGUGGGUGCUCGUGUGUGUGUGGGUGCUCAUGUGUGUGUAUGUGGGUGCUCGUGUGUGUGUGCACAUGUGUGGGUACUCAUGUGUGGGUGCUUGUGUGUGUGUGGGUGCUCAUGUGUGUGCAUGUGUGGGUGCUCGUGUGUGUGUGUGCGCUCAUGUGCGUGUGCAUGUGGGGGUGCUCGUGGGGGGUGCUCGUGUGUGAGUGCUCAUGUGUGGGUGCUCAUGUGUGUGUGAGUGCUCAUGUGUAUGUGUGCAUGUGUGGGUGCUCAUGUGUGUGUACAUGUGUGGGUGCCCUGUGUGUGCACACAUGUGUGGGUGCUCGUGUGUGUGUAGCUGUCUAUGCAUGUAUGUGCAUAUGUAUGUGUAUGCUAGGGGUCAACCUCGGGUGUGGUCCCUCAGAAAUGCUGUCCACAUUUUCCUGAAGCAGGGUUUCUCACUGGCUUGGAACUCAUAGGCUGGGCCAGGCUGACUGGUCAGAGAGCCCCAGGAGUCUUCUUGUAUCCAUACCAGUUUUCUUUUCUUUCUUUUUUUUUUUUUUUUUUCCUGCUUCAACAUUUUCUUUCAGGGAGAAGACACCACACUUGAACUUAAGAAAAACCCUUUACAGCCCAGGUCUUUUAUUUCUUUUUAUACAUCAGGCCAUGAAUUCGUAGGGAAUGGGCUCCAGCAGCUCAGGCUCCGUCCUGUUAGUCCUCACAGAGUGUGCUUCUCUGGGUGGAGCAGGCUGGCGCUUCAGCUGAAACCAGGGAAGCUGUGUGGGGAGCUGGAGUGACCCCCGAUGGCAGCCAAGCAGAGAGAACCCGUGACUGUCAUUAGCCUUCGGAAGCUGAGCCAGGCAACCCCAGAGCCACAGCAGAAAGAGAUAAAGACGUUCACUGUGGAGGAUGCCGUGGAGACCAUUGGGUUUGGACGCUUUCACAUCGCACUCUUUCUGAUCAUGGGCAGCACCGGGGUGGUGGAAGCCAUGGAGAUCAUGUUAAUAGCGGUUGUGUCUCCUGUUAUCCGCUGUGAAUGGCAGCUGGAGAACUGGCAGGUGGCACUUGUCACCACGAUGGUGUUUUUUGGCUACAUGGUGUCCAGCAUCCUCUUUGGUCUCCUGGCUGACAGAUAUGGCCGCUGGAAGAUUUUGCUGCUCUCGUUCCUGUGGGGCGCCUACUUCUCCUUACUGACCUCUUUCUCCCCGUCCUACAUCUGGUUUGUCUUUCUGAGGACCAUGGUAGGCUGUGGAGUGUCUGGCCAUGCACAAGGGUUAAUCAUAAAGACCGAAUUUCUGCCCACAAAAUACCGAGGCUACAUGCUGCCCUUGUCUCAGAUGGACAGCUCUACCUGUGUGUUCUUUCCAUCUCUAAAAACAUGUAUAAAAAACCAAGAACGUCUCCUGAACCAAGAUCCAGGUGGCCAUUUACCCGAGACUCCAGAUGAUCUGACACCUGCUGGUCUUCUUGGGCAUCAGGUUUUCUGGCUUGCUGGCUCCCUACUCAUCAUCGGCAUGGCUUCUGUGGUCAUCCCCACCAUUGGGUGGCGUUGGCUCAUCCGGAUUGCCUCCAUCCCUGGCAUCAUCCUCAUCAUGGCCUUCAAGUUUAUCCCUGAAUCUGCGCGCUUCAACGUCUCCACCGGAAACACGCAGGCUGCGCUGGACACCCUAGAGAGCAUCGCCAAGAUGAACCGCUCAGUCAUGCCGGAGGGACAGCUCGUGGAGCCCAUUCUGGAGAAAAGAGGAAGGUUUGCAGAUCUACUGGAUUCUAAAUAUCUUCGGACCACAUUACAGAUCUGGGUCAUAUGGUUGGGAAUUUCUUUCGCCUACUAUGGGGUUAUCCUGGCCAGCGCGGAGUUGCUGGAGCGGGAUCUGGUCUGUGGUUCGAAGUCGGAGUCAGACCCAGAGGUGGUGGUGACCACGGGGGACUCAGAGGAGAGUCUCAGCCCCUGCUAUUGCCACCUGUUCGCACCCUCUGACUACAGGACCAUGAUCAUCAGCACACUCGGGGAAAUUGCUUUGAACCCUUUAAACAUCCUGGGCAUCAACUUCCUGGGCAGACGGCUGAGCCUGUCCAUCACCAUGGGAUGCACGGCUUUGUUCUUUCUUCUCCUCAAUAUCUGCACUUCAAGUGCCGGCCUCAUUGGCUUCCUCUUCAUGCUGAGAGCCCUGGUAGCAGCAAACUUCAACACCAUCUACAUUUACACUGCUGAGGUCUACCCUACUCAGAUGCGCGCUCUGGGGAUGGGAACCAGCGGUUCCCUGUGCCGCAUUGGAGCGAUGGUCGCGCCAUUUAUAUCCCAGGUCCUAAUGAGCGCCUCAUUCCUGGGAGCCCUAUGUCUUUUCUCAUCUGUCUGUGUUGUAUGUGCCAUUUCUGCAUUUACUCUACCCAUUGAGACCAAAGGACGUGCUUUGCAGCAAAUUAAAUAAGGACCUGCAAUACUAUGGUCAUCAGACGAAAAAUGAAUAUUUGAUCUUCACUGUUAUUGAAUAUUUUAAAUGGUUUUAUUUUUGCAUAUGAUAAUUAAGAAAACAAGUGUAUUUUAAGACAACUAAGGCACACACAAAAAUGCAGCAGGGAAUCUAUUUCUUAGGAAACAAUAUAUGCAAAUUCUUAUAGCUUAUAUUUUGCCACAGUUCAGCUAUAAGGCAAAUGAAGUCAGCCUGGGUGCCUAAAACCAAAUAAAAAACUCAAUAACAAAACCUCCCUCCAAACCACUUAUUCCCUCACCCCAAACAAACAAAUAAACCCCGAGAUUGAAUGGGAAUAGGAGAAGGUGGUGGGUGAAGAAUAUACCCUUUUCUUACUUAGCAUCAAGAACUGCUAACCUUAAGACAAAACACUUGGUAUUGCUCCAUGUGGUCUGUGGCUGAAGGGCGGAGAUUCUGUAGUUAAGGCAAGAAACAAGGCUGGUAUCACUGAUUUUAAAUUAUGGCCUUGGUAGCUUAAAAAAGAACUACUACUUUACUCUAUAUGUAACUACCAAUAAGCUGGGAAUAAAGUUAAUUUUCCCAUACACACUGUCCUUUUUUAAUCUUAGGAGGGAAUCAUUGAUUCUCUUGAUGAUUUCCUAUAACAUGUAACUACUUACUGUUUGUGAGCGUUCUACUGGAAAAGACGUGCUUUGGAAAGAAAACAUACAAAGAUCUUUUACUGCUGUUCAGUCUUAUAUGGAGGUCCACCAGAGUUUCAGACUACCAGGGGGCUCAGGAGUCCCCUGCUAUUAGCAGUGGAAAAAGACUGCAGCUACAGCCACAAGGAAAUGCUGUAUUAGCACACUGCAUACAUGAGGCAUAACCUCUGCUUAGGAAGCAAACAACCCCUAUUUAAACCAGUCUACGGAUGGCUUAAAAUCAGCCAGUGUUUUAUGAACUUAGAGGAUUGGUUCCAAGACUCCUGGUGGAGACCAAAUAGCCCAUCUUACAUAGGAUGGUACAGUAUGCGUACAUUCCUCCCUUAUAUUUCUGUCAUCUCCAAACUGCAUCAAUUACAGCAAUGAAAUGUAUGAAAUAAUGACAGAGUUGUCUGUGUAUAUUUAGGAUGAACACUUUAUUUUGGUUUCUUGAGACAUGGUUUCUCUGUGUAGCCUUGGCUGUCCUAUAACUUGCUCUGCAGAAUACGCUGGCCUUGAACUCACAGAGAUCCAUCUGCUCCUGUCUCCUGAGUGCUGGGAUUAAAGGGCACCAACACUUCGCAGCAAACACAUCCCCUGCACUAAAUAGUGAUCUAACUGGUUGUGGAUAAGCUACACACAUCUUUAAUUCCAGCACUUGGCAGGCAGAGGCAGGCAGAUCUCUCUGUUCAAGGUCAGCCUAAUCUAGAGUCCCAGGACAGCCAAGGGCUACAAGCUGUGUAGAAAGACUCCAUCUCAAAAAGCAAACCAACACAAACCAAAAACCACAUGCAUUUGAAAGACCAACUGUAUUACAGGCUUUUCAAGUUAUACACAUAAGCUUUCUUAUAAGCAUACAACAUUUCUAACUUCAAGCUAUACGAAAGCUCAUGUGAUUAAUCUGGCUAACAGGCAGACAAUCACCUUAAAGCCUAGUUAUUAUUUCAGGACAAAUAUAUUUGAUGGAAAACUAUGUUGGCUACACUUGCAGGGGCAAGACAAGCAAGCUACUAUAAGUCAUAACUGAAAAUCCCAAAGCUGAAGUUUGAAGACACUCAUUUUUCAAAGGCUAGCAAUAGUAAAAUCCAACCAAGGACAAAGCACGCUCUUAGGAUUUCAGAAUUCUCAGUGUGAAAUACUCAGGCUAAAGGAACUUCACAGAGCUGCCCAGCACUGUCUAGCACACAGGCUUUGCUCAACAACAAAUCAAGCCUAUAGCAAGCUAUUAGCAUAAUUUUAACAGAGUCCUUGAUAACUAGCUUGAUAACGCACCUUUCUACAACACAAACUGUGGACAAAAUUGUUUAGGGCACUUACCUUAUUAGUCAUUAGUACAAACAAAUUCCAAGUCAUUUUCUUUUAAGAACUUAUUGGGCUUGUUUCAAAGAUCCCUAAAGACUGAGUCAUUAUUGGUUGAUGUACUAAAGAAUAAUAAAAAGUGUAGUAGAAAUAGUAUGUCAGAAUCUAAUAGUUUUGCAUAUAGAAUUUGAUCUAAAAUUCUUUAGAGUAUUAUUUAUAAUAGGUAGUUACUUCCUGUAAUAUGAUGCUAAAUUUUAUUUUGGAAUUUCAUAUACACAUGAUUAGUAUACUGUUAAAGAGACUGGAUUAGAUAACUGUUACUAUUGAUACCAGACUACAUUUUCUGGCUCACUUGUCUUGGGAUUAACACAUAAGAACCCAGGCAAAGAAUUUGUUCCCAUACUUUCUGCUAAAUGGUAGGAGAUGAUAAAACCACCCUUCUUUCAAGUCACAUUAGAGAAUGUGCAAAGUCAGAACCUUAUUAAAUAUUAUAAAGUACCAAAGAAGGACAUUCUAGGAUUCAAUUAGAUCUAUUUAUUUUAGUUUAAAUCAGAUUAUCUCCAAAGAAAGAUCUAUUAAAAGCCCAGUGGUGGGAACGGAGAGAUGGCUCAGUGGUUAAGAGCGCUCACUGCUUUUCUAGAGGACCCAGGUUCAAUUCCCAGCAGAUACAUGUCUGUACCUCAUGCUGAUGGCACAGAGAUGGAUAUAGGCAAAACACCAAUACACAUAAAAAUAAAUAAAUAAAUAUUUAAAAAGCUCAGUAGCGACUUAUAAAAUGCGACCAUUUCUGAGUAUCAUACUUUCCAAAAUUUUAAGAUAAAAUUAAUAUAAGCAAAGUUUUAAGACAAUUCCACAGCCUGUGCCGCCUUCUUCUCCCAGUGGAUUUUCAUGACAAAAUUUCCUUCUGUAACAUGAACUGGACUUUCUGUAUGUUUGAGUGGCUUUAACACCAUCAUCAGUAUACCCUUAAAAGGACUGGAUCAGGUAAUCAGUAUCACUAUUGAUAAAAUCUACUUCCAAGGAGGUAAAUACUAGUGUAUUUUUCUUUCCCAUUUGUUAAUUUUUUCUUGGCUUAUCUUUUUAAGGUCUAGAAAAUACAUUUUAGAAUUAAAGUUUUCUUGUUAUCUAUAGAUCACAGCACAUCCCUACAGGUAACAACACUACAGCUGUAAGACUACACGAUGGUAGGAUUAAAGGGCCAAAACCAGGUAAAAUGCAAUAAAAUGCAUGUUUUCAUCAAGUCUUCCAAUUAAAAGUCUCUGCUGUAAUAAAAUAUUCACAGUAGAAAAUCCACCAGUUGAUUUUUAUUAAAUUUAAAGCAUCAAUCCUUGAAGAAACAAAAACCAAACUCUAGAAUUACUGUUGCCUCCCUCAGAUAUUCUUCACACCUUGCGAACCUCCUUGGAGAAGCCUGUGACCUGACUGUCGCAGGGACAUAUGGCACCUACCUGCACGGGAAUUAUGGCAGAAUUCCUACCCAAGGCAAAACAGAUGUAAAAUUAUCAAUUAUUAGUUGACAUGGAACUAUAAAAAUACUUAAAAAUAUGGCAUGUUAUUUGAUAAAAAAUAUAGUAGUUGAAUUCAAGUCAUGUCCAUAAUUUUAAGGACCAACCAGAUCACUCUCUAUUUCCCUCAUUCCUACGGAUUUUGGAUAACAGAAGAUGAAUACAGCUUUCUUUUUAUGACAUUUUCAUUUGAAACCUAAAUCUUUUGGUUCACAUUAGUUUGCCCAGGCCUCAGCAAAGGAGCCUCCUUUACAUGCUAAACAGAAUAAAAAUAAAAAUGGACAUACCGGUACAGCAGUUAACUACAAACACCCUUUCAAAUGAGAAAUCGACAGUGUAUUCACCAUUGUGACUGGGGAUGCCCUUCUGACAGCAUUCUCAAAUUACUCUUCUGCACCUAUCCAUCUGUGUGGCUGCAAAGCACAAAGCCCAUUCUUUAGCUUGGAAAAGCAAAACUACGUGGUGGAAGUUAUUUUCUUCCUCCCACUCUUUUAUCCAGAAAAGAAGUGGGCCUGUGAAUUCAAAAGCACAAAGGGGAUCACACUGCCAAGUGCUGAUUUAAAGGUGUUAUUUCCUUUUACUAUUGCCCAUGCCCAGUCCAUUCAUGCUUCUGCCUUGACCAUGCAAUCGCUGUGAGUCUCCUUACUACCACAAACAUCAGGUGGUUGGCACGUGGAAAGCUUUAAAGUUGGAGUUAAGUGAAUCCUAUCCCCAGUGCCGUCUGUGUAUCUAUAAACCUUUGACAGAGGGAAUGGUCAGGAGACUUAGAGAUCAUACAGCAGUGUUACUUGUAGAAAAAAAACUCAAGACAUUUAAUAAUAUAUUAUGUAUCGUUACAUGAAACAUGGUUCUCAACUGUCUUUGACUCAGCAAAACCUGGUAAUGGUGAAAUGUAACAUUGUGAAAAGUUACUAUGGCAUAGUGACUGUUUGGGAUGUAUUAGUAGACAUUCUGGCUGAAAUACAUAAAAAUUAUGUUUACCUUAUUGAA